AAAAAUAUUUUUGCUAUGUAUAUAUAUAUAUAUGUAUGUGUAUAUGUAAUUCGCUUGCAUUGAAAUACAUAUGCUAAAAAUUACAUCUAUUGAAAUACUGUUUUGUUUAUUACACGUGUACACGUGUUUUUAAAUAUAUAUAAAAUAGAAAUCUCUAAUUUUUAUAUAAGUAUGUUACAAGUUCAUCAGUUCAUAAAAAUAAUUUGCUUUAAUUGCUAAUAAAAAUGGCGACAAAUCAAUCAGGAAUUCAACAAAAACGAAAAUUAAUGAUAGAGCAAAAUAAUUCAGAUGAAGAAAUUAACAAAAGAAUUAAGAUUACUAAAAUAAAUUCAGAACCUCCACGAUUAUGUCCUUAUUUAGAUACAAUAAAUCGCCAAUUUUUAGACUUUGAUUUUGAAAAAUUAUGUUCAGUAUCAUUGUCAAGAAUUAAUGUAUAUGCUUGUCUUGUAUGUGGAAAAUAUUUUCAAGGUAGAGGUACUAAUACUCAUGCAUAUACGCAUAGUGUGGCUGAGAGCCAUCACGUUUUUCUAAAUCUUCAUACAUUAAAAUUUUAUUGUUUACCUGAUAACUAUGAAAUUAUUGAUUCAUCAUUGGAUGACAUAAAAUAUGUUUUAAAUCCAACAUUUGAUAAAGCACAAAUUGCACAAUUAGAUAAAAGUGAUAAAUUAUCAAGAGCCAUAGAUGGUUCAUUAUAUUCCCCUGGUAUUGUGGGAAUGAAUAAUAUUAAAGCAAAUGAUUACUGUAAUGUGAUUCUACAAGCACUUUCUCAUGUUACACCUUUAAGAGACUUUUUUUUAAGAGAAUCUAAUUAUUCUCAUGUAAAAAGACCACCUGGAGAUUCUUCUUAUCUUUUAGUUCAACGAUUUGGAGAAUUAAUGAGAAAGUUAUGGAAUCCACGUAAUUUUAAAGCUCAUGUUAGUCCACAUGAAAUGUUGCAGGCUGUUGUUUUAUGGAGUAAAAAAAGAUUUCAAUUUACUGAACAAGGUGAUCCAAUUGAUUUUCUUUCAUGGUUUCUAAAUGCUCUUCAUUUAGCAUUAAAUGGUACAAAAAAACGUGAUUCUAGUAUAGUAUAUAAAACAUUUUUGGGUCAUAUGAGAAUAUACACACGAAAAAUACCACCAUUAGAAUUAGAAGAAAGUCAAAGAAGUGAAUUGCUUCAUACUGUAGAAUAUGGUGAAACAGUAACAGAAAGUCCAUUUUUAUAUCUAACAUGUGAUCUUCCACCACCACCUCUUUUUAAAGAUCAAUUUACUGAAAAUAUUAUUCCCCAAGUUAAUUUGUACACAUUAUUAAAUAAAUUUAAUGCUAUAACAGAAAAAGAAUAUAAAACUUAUAAAGAAAAUUUUAUGAAAAGAUUUGAGAUAACAGAACUCCCUCCUUAUCUUAUACUUUACAUAAAAAGGUUUACAAAAAAUACAUUCUUUGUAGAAAAAAAUCCUACCAUAGUUAAUUUUCCAGUUAAAAAUGUAGAUUUUGGAGAUAUUUUAACAUCUGAAGUGAAACAAAAACAUCCAUAUACAACAUAUGAUUUAGUUGCAAAUAUAGUUCAUGAUGGUGAACCUGGUCAGGGAACGUAUAGAGUUCAUAUUUUACAUAGAGCAACUGGUCAAUGGUAUGAGUUACAAGAUUUACAUGUAACUCAAAUUUUGCCUCAAAUGAUAACUUUAACUGAAGCAUAUAUACAAAUUUAUGAAUUAAAAAAAGAUAUAUAUACAGAAAAUGGUGACAAUAAAAAUAAGAAGACGAUGUGAUAAAUGUAAUUUUUUAAAUAAAAUAUUACAAUUUUUCA